AUGGCUUCUGUGUCAACAUGCUUAAUCGUCUCCCCUAGGCUAACUCAAUCGGUAAUUUCAUCAAGGAAGCCUUUGAUUCGCCUCAAAUCUCCAGUCGAUCGUUACUCUUUUCCCGGUAUCUCGACGGAGAGGUUUCGGAGGACUCGCCGGAAGUUCACGAGCCAUGAUAUCUUGGUGGUGAGGGCUGCGAGUCUAGAUAAGGUUAGCGGCGGCGCAAUCAAACCAGGAGGAUUAGUUGAGAGUGAUAAGAUACCUACGGAUGUCCGGAAACGAACCAUGGAAGCGGUGGAUGAGUGUGGCCGGAGAGUCACUGUCGGCGACGUGGCUAGCAGAGCUGGAUUGAAAGUCACCGAAGCUCAGAAAGCGCUUCAAGCUCUCGCGGCCGAUACAGAUGGGUUUCUAGAGGUAUCGGAUGAAGGUGAUGUACUUUAUGUUUUCCCAAAGGACUAUCGAUCAAAGUUGGCUACUAAGUCGUUGAGGAUACAGAUCGAACCAUUUCUUGACAAGGCAAAGGGUGCUGCAGACUAUCUGACUCGUGUUUCCUUUGGCACUGCGCUUAUUGCGUCUAUUGUUAUCGUCUACACGACAAUCAUAGUCUUGCUUUCAAGCAAAAGCGAGGAUGAUAAUCGGCAAAGAAGACGUGGGCGUGGAUAUGGUUCUGGACUCAAUUUCUAUAUCAACCCUAUCGAUCUUUUGUGGUACUGGGAUCCCAAUUAUUACAACAGGCGACGUGCUCGAGAAGAUGAAGGAAAGGGAAUGAAUUUCAUUGAAUCUGUAUUCUCCUUUGUAUUUGGAGAUGGAGACCCAAAUCAAGGAAUUGAAGAAGAGAGGUGGCAGAUGAUUGGACGGUAUAUAACUUCAAGAGGAGGUGUUGUUGCAGCUGACGAACUUGCUCCCUACCUUGAUGUGCCAUCUUCCAAGAGUGCUGCGAGAGAUGAAUCCUACAUUCUACCUGUUCUUCUUCGGUUUGAUGGUCAACCUGAGUUGGAUGAAGAGGGAAAUAUUUUGUAUCGCUUUCCGUCCCUGCAACGCACAGCUUCUGGAUCUAGUAGACGAAAGGAAUACGUGGGAAAAUGGUUUGACUGGGUUCCAGACAUGGAGAUGUUCUUCAAGGAGAAAAAAUGGCAAUUUAGUAAAACUAGUUCAUCCGAGAGAGGACUGGUCAUUGGCCUAGGUGCUGUUAAUCUCUUUGGUGUUAUUGUUCUAAACGCCAUGCUAAAAGAGGUGAAUGUCAUGCCAAGUGGAUUUCUUACAUUUGUUAAGAACAUAUAUCCACUACUUCAGAUAUAUGCAGGUUCAUUCUUUGCCAUCCCUCUGGUUCGUUGGUUUUUGAUCAAGAGAAAGAAUGAUCAGAUAGAGAAUAGAAACAAAGCUCGGUUACAAUUUACAAAAGCACUUGAAUCUCCAGAUAUCGCACUACGGCGUAAGCUACUGAGUGCGAGGGAUAUGGCUCAAAAUACAGUCAUAGGGAAGGAGCGGAUCGUGUAUAGUACAGAGAAAGAUAUGAUUGAACAAGACUACGAGGCUGACGAAUGGGAUAGAAGAUUCCGAGAGGUGGAAAAAACGGAUUGA